AAAGGGGGACCUGGGUAUAUGAUGGUCCCUACUCUGGGACCCUGAAUCAUGAUGCAGCACCUAAUAAAAUUUCACUGAAACGUUUUAAAAAAAGUCACUGCUUAUACUAACGUAAUCACGGAUAUAUUUAAAUACUGUUUAUUUCCGUCUCUUUAGCAUCUCAAGAAAAAGUCUAUGGAAUCUACCAAAAUAGCUAUAGAUGUUGGAUUCCGCCACAUUGAUUGUUCUCACUUCUACCAAAAUGAAGAAGAGUUGGGACAGGCCAUUCGAAGCAAGAUUGAAGAUGGCACUGUGAAAAGGGAAGAUAUAUUCUACACUUCAAAGCUUUGGUCAACUUCCCAUCGUCCGGAGUUGGUCAGACCCAGCUUGGAAAGUUCACUGAGGAAACUUAAUCUGGACUACGUUGACCUCUAUCUCAUUCAUUUCCCAGUGUCUCUGAAGGUGGGCACUUCGUAACAUCAAACUAUCUAACUUCAACUGUCACAUGACCUUCAUUUUGUGAGUAGAUGGAGUUAAUGUAUAAGAUUUUAUAUAAUCUCAAUUUAUUUAAUAAGAGUUAUAAAACAACUAGGUGUGGCUGCAGAAAAAGGAAGGAAAGAACUGAUUCCUACAAGUUAUUCUACAAUCAUCACUGUGCUAUACACACAC